CAUGUACGAAAAAAAAAAAAAACAGCAGCGGCGUUAGAGGAGCGUAAAUAGAGAGAGAAGGCUCAAGAUGGCUGCCUCGCUGGGCUCCGACUGCCUCACCGAAGCUGCAGCUGCGAUUGCGGUGGAUCCAGCGCUCGCUUCAGCCAAAAACAAACUCCCGAAGCCGACCGAGGCGAGAGGAACCACGGACAACAUCUCUCCGAUAUGCCCAGAUCCGAACCAGCCACCACCCAAGAAGAUCCGAGUGGAGGAGCGCAGCGUAAAACCUAAAAACCUCGGAGGCGAAGGCAGCAGCAAAGACAAAUUCAAGCAGCCAAAUUUGUGGAGCUACAGCCCGAUCACAGCGAGCAGCAACAACUCGGUGCCUGUCUCCGGUGGACCGCACUCCCAACCACCGACAAAUGCGCAUAAACUCCUCAAACAGAGCGAUUUCUUCCUACAUAAAACGCCUUUAACGACCAAACCGAAUAGGAAAUCUACUGUCAAAGACAAAUACAAGCUUAAAGACGGCGAGGAGGAGCGAAAGAAGAAGCAUAAACUAUUACUACGCGCUUCUGCAAGUGGAAAUAACAUUACUAACAAUAACAACAACGAUAUAACCAGGUUUAACAAUGUUGCUGUAACGAAGCGAGAGAACGGUGAGGUAGCCCUGUCAUCCAAAGAUCACUCUGCCAAUGACAAGACUAAAAACCGAGAGAGGGAGGAGGGAGAGAAGAAGAAACUUAAAGAGAAACCAAGAGAGAAGAAACAUAACAAACUGAUGAAUGAGAUAAAGAGGGAGAACGGAGAGGUCAAACAGUCCAAAGAUGAGAAAGACAAAACCCGACUGGACGAAGACGAACUCCAGAUGAAGAAAGUUAAAAAGAAAAAGAAGAAAAAACACAAAGAGGAUGAGAGGCACAGACGUGUGAAAAUGUUCCACCGCUCCAGUCAAACCUCCUGCUCUGGUUUAACCUCUCUAACCCCCCAAAACCCCUCCUUUCUUUCCUCUACCUCUCACCCAGCGCUUCUCUCCUCUCUCUCCCCCUUUAAAUCCCCCCCUCCUAUCUUGUCCUCCAUCAACAGACCCAUAACCGAUCCAGCAAAAGAAAUCUGCAACUCGGUACAUGAUCCAGAGAUUCCCCAACCCGUGCCAAUCAAAGCCCAGCAUCAGACCUCCUAUCCUGGCUUGGCGGGUUUGGAGUUUGCCUCAUACAUGCACGUGGAGACCCAGCCCAACGGGGGGGCUUUGGUGGUCCACGCAUACACGUCCCAGCUCUCCUGCCUCUCCUUAGGGCAGAGGCAGAGGUUUGCUGAUGAGUUUGUGACACUGGCUUUCAGUGAGGACUCUAAGCAGGCUGCUCAUUACGUUAUGGCCAUCGUUCACGGAGAGGCGAGUUAUCUUCCAGACUUUUUGGAAUAUUUUUCCUCCAAGUUUCCAUCGGCGCCUGUGAAAAUGGAAAUUCUUGGGAAAAAGGACAUCGAGACCACGACCAUGUCCAACUUCUACACCCAGGUGAAGAGGUCGUACAGCCACGGCACGUACAGAGCCGGCCCCAUGAGACAGAUCAGUCUGGUGGGAGCUGUGGACGAGGAGGUUGGCAACUAUUUCCCAGAAUUCCUCGGGCUUCUCGAGAAAUCACUCUUCCUAAAGAGGACUGUCCCGUGGGGCUCCUUCUCCAGCCUGAGUUCAAUGGAACCCAGAGACUCAGAUGAUGGUCCCAUUAUGUGGGUUAGGCCUGGAGAGCAGAUGAUUCCGCUGGCCGACAUCCCCAAGUCACCCUUCAAGAGGAAACGCUCUACAAACGAGGUGAAGAACCUGCUACAGUCCAUGCCCAGGACCAGUGAGCCUCGGGAGAUGCUGUUUGAAGACCGGACCCGAGCCCACGCAGAUCACAUUGGGCAAGGCUUCGAGCGGAAGACCACUGCCGCUGUGGGGGUCUUGAAGGCUGUGCGCUGUGGGGACAGCUCAGAGCCUUCUCGAGUGACCAAAGAUGUGAUUUGUUUCCACGCGGCUGAUUUCCCUUAUGUGGUCCAGAGGCUGCAGCUGGACCUGUAUGAGCCCCCACUUUCCCAGUGUGUUCAGUGGGUGGACGAUGCCAAACUGAACCAGUUGCGGCGUGAGGGAAUCCGCUACGCCCGAAUCCGCCUCUGUCACAACGAUAUUUACUUCAUCCCUCGAAAUGUGGUCCACCAGUUCAAAACCGUGUCUGCAGUGUGUAGCCUAGCAUGGCACGUUCGCUUACGUCAAUACCACCCUGAGCAAAAACAAGAGCCAUCUGGCAGCAGGGAUGAAACUGAAACUGAAGAGUGGGGUGAAGAGGUGGAGAUGAAGAUCGAGGAGAUUACGGAACUGAAACAGGAGGGAGAGAAGGAAAUGAAGCAAUUAAAGGAACAAAUUAAGAAGGAGGAUACGGAGAAAGUAGGACAUAGGACUUUACCAAGCAUUAAAGUGAAACAAGAGGAGGCUAUUCUUCCAAAAUGUCCACCUGCUGUGUCAUUUGAACGAACCAAAACUAAAGAGGAAAAAGACAGGACUAAAAAUAAGGAAUCGUUGAAAAGCAAAAAUGAUUUACCCGUUGUAAAGGUGAAAUCAGAGCAAGUUGCAGUUACAAAGUGUAUUACUUCAAUGCCUCUUUCUCCACGACCAAAAGUCUCAACAACAAAGCACUCCGAAUUGAAAACAAUAACGUCUUCCAAAACUUUGUCAUGCGAAUCAAAUCGUGCAAAAACUCCAGUCUCUUUGCCAAAGUCUUCCUUAUCGCAGCUUUUUUCAACUCCUACUAAAUUAACUCCUGUUUCAUGUCCUACCACUUCUACAGCUUCUUCGCAGACUUCCUUAAAUGCUGGAGCGAUGUCAACAACCAGUCAAACUUCUUCUAAAAUCACAACGGAUUUGACGUGGACUACGCAAUCUCGUCCGCUUCCCUCUACUCCAUCUCUGACUUCAGUUAAUUUGUCUUCCCAACCAACUAAAGAUGUAAAAGAAUCUAGGACGUUUUUGGAGACAAGAAUUCCGCGGAUUUCACAAGAAAGGAACAAGUCAACAGAUGAGAAUGUUCCUCAAAAAUACACGCAAAACAUUUCAGAAACGCAGGCGAAUUUGAUAUCUGAUAAUCGGAUGCUUCCGUUGCCAGACGUAAGGACACAUUCAGAUAAGUGGUCGCCAAGGACAGAGCAACAUUCAGCAUCCCCACCUGACCCCUCUCGUCCUGGGUUGUAUUUGCAGCAAUAUGCCCCGCAACAUAUCCAUAAUCAGCCACCUCCUCCUCUCCCUCCUCCACAAACCCAACCCCCACCCCCACCUAUCCCGGCAAUGAUGCCCCCUUCAUAUUCGCACCUAAUGCACAGACCUCCACCUAUGUACAGCCCCACUUCUGUCCCACCCCCUCUCCAACCUCCCCUGCAACCUUUGAAUCCGUAUCUUAGCCAAAAUCACCAUUUGAGUCACCUGCAAAGUAGCUCGCAAUCCCAAUACUAUCCUCCACUAAUGCCCCCUUCCCAUAAUACAACCCCUCCUCCUCCUCUCCCCCCCCCUCCUCCUCCAACGCAUUUGACCCACCCAUACCCGCCGCAGCACCCACAUUUUGGUUCACAUCACCCAUUUUUGCCCCCUCCUCCUCACCCUCAUCAUCACCAUCCUCACCAUCAGUUUCUAUCACAGCCACCGGGACCCUUUUCAAUGCCACCACAGUACCACCAACCAUAUCCUCCCCCUCCUCCCCCCACCACCUCACCCCCUCCUCCCCCACCCCUGCCCCCCUCCAUGUACCCCCCUACACCCAUGCAUGAAGACUAGUUUUGUACAUAAAGCGAUUGUUUAAAACGAUGUAGGGUUGUUAGGUGUGACGUCACUUCA